CCCAGCAGUAAAAUUCAUCCCUCUCUCUCUCCUUAUUGAAUGUCUCGAAGAGAAGAGAUUGCUGCCCGUCUCAAACACUUUAAUGGUGGUGACCAGUAUGAUGUAGUAGAUAUAGUUGGCGAAGGCGCCUAUGGUGUUGUUUGCUCGGCUGUUCAUAAACCUACAGGUCAAAUGGUAGCCAUCAAGCGUAUUUUACCCUUUGAUCAUGCCAUGUUUUGCUUGAGAACACUUCGCGAAAUUAAGCUGUUAAAGUACUUUAACCAUGAAAAUAUUAUCUCCAUUCUUGACAUCAUGAAACCAAAAUCUAUUGAGGACUUUACAGAAGUAUAUCUCAUUCAGGAACUAAUGGAAACUGACAUGCACCGUGUCAUUCGUACACAAGACCUGUCAGACGAUCAUUGUCAAUAUUUCACUUAUCAAACACUUCGAGCAUUAAAGGCAAUGCACUCAGCUAAUGUGCUUCACCGUGAUUUGAAGCCAUCAAACCUGUUACUUAAUGCCAACUGUGAUUUAAAGAUUUGUGACUUGGGUUUAGCAAGAUCGUCUAAUUCAGCAGAUGAAAACAGUGGUUUCAUGACAGAAUAUGUCGCCACCCGUUGGUAUCGAGCACCUGAGAUUAUGCUUACAUUUAAGGAAUAUACAAAGGCCAUUGAUGUUUGGUCAGUGGGUUGCAUAUUAGCAGAAAUGCUCAGUGGUAAACCAUUGUUCCCUGGUCGAGACUAUCACCAUCAAUUAACUUUAAUUUUGGAUGUACUUGGUACACCCACCAUGGAUGAUUUCUAUGGAAUCAAGAGUCGUCGAGCUAGAGACUAUAUUCGUAGCUUACCUUUCAAAAAGAGGAUUCCAUUCUCAAGACUGCUUCCUAAUGCAAAUCCGUUAGCUGUUGAUUUACUUGAAAAGUUAUUGACAUUCAAUCCAGAAAAAAGAAUAACAGUUGAAGAAGCAUUAAAGCAUCCAUACCUUGAACCAUAUCAUGAUCCUGAUGAUGAGCCUGAUGCACCUCCUAUUCCAGACAGUUUCUUUGAUUUUGAUAGAUAUAAGGAACAACUUACCAAAGAGCAACUCAAACAGAUGCUGUUUGAUGAAAUUGCUCACUAAAACAAAAAACAGAAAAACCAAAAAAAAAAGAAGCAUAUCAUAUAUGAACCAAUAUCCAUAUAUACCGAACUGAUAACAAAUAAAUACUCUAAAUGUAAACCUUUUCUUCUCUUACAAUAUCCCCCAUAAAUCAUCUAUUUCU